UUUACAUAGUAUUGAUUCGCAACUUUAUCAAUGAAAUAAACAGCGUGGGAGAUUCAGUUGAAACAUCCAAUGUACAAGCGUCUUGUCAGCGAUCGGAAAACGCAUUGGCUACCGCCUGUUCAAUGUAUCUCAGAAUCACCACCACGGGCUGGAGUUAAUGAAUUGGAGGUGUGUUAACCUUUACCAAAGUUUUAUGUCACAAUGACAUUCAAAAUAAAAAAAAUCAUGAAUGGAAUUGUAAAUGAAUCAUAUAAAAUUUAGCAUCAGUGUCUGAGAGAAUAGUUGUCCUGAUAUUAAUGAGAGGAAUCGAGUUGUUCUUGUAUUUAUGUAAGAGGGAAAACUCUAUACACAGUUAUCAGUUGUUAAAUUGAUCUGAUUUCAUAUACUAGAAACUGAUACCGUUAUUGUAUUUUGCAGUCGAUGGAUAUAGCUAUCUGCUAACGCUGUGGUAGUACUAACAUUAUGAAACAACUAUGGUUCAGUUUAUUUAUAUACUUUACCUGUAUCUGUGGAGGUACUUUAACACGAACAUGGUUUAGAGCCAUGAACAAAAACUCUAAAAAUUCUAAUUCAACAACCGAUGAACUAUCGAGUCCAUUUAAAGAUUUCGGAAGAGAACUAGACGAGAAAAUAGCUAAAACUAAGAUCAAAAUGAGAAUGUGUGGCUACUUGAAGGAGUUAUGCAAAACAACUAUAGAUAGAAAACCUCUCAUCACAACCAUAAACCCCAGGGAGACGACAACAAAUUCUGCAACAGAACCAACAUCAUCUACUGCAUCUAACAUCAACAUAUCAUUAGUUUUCUCAGAACCAUCAGAAUAUAGCAAUGAUACCAACUGUAUGAAGUUCAAAUUACCAGAAGAAUCUUCACCUGGGAAUACAUUACCUGGUGCAGAUGUGUUCGUUUAUAUAACAAAUAGGCGGAAAAGACCAGACGGCAAGCGAGGUAGACGAAGACGGAGGAGAAAGCGGCAAAGAAAAAUUACUAUUAAAGUUUCUUUAUUAAACGAGCAAACCCGCCACAAAAAGUUCAUAUCUCGUUUACGCUUUCGUCCUAAUCCAGAUAAAAAAUGGAAUAAAUUAGUAUUGCCGUUUUCGGUAAUUAAGAAAGCUAAUCAAUUAAAGGAAAGAGUUUUAAAUCUUUGCAUUGAUUGCAAAAGAUGUAACAGAAACACUCAAAUUAUUUUACCACUCAAGACAUCAAAGAAAAGACAUAAAUUUAUGAAAACAAAACACUUAAAUAAGACGGGAAAACCAUUAAAGCUUCGAAAGAAAAGGCCAUUUUUAAUGUUUCAUAAAAAAAAAUCUAUACAGAGACAAAGGCGAGAUACAAUAUCAUGUAAUAAAGAUAAUCUUGUUAAUCAAUGUUGUCGUUAUAAAGAAUAUAUACGUUUCUCCGAUAUAGGCUUAGGCGACAGGGUUGCAUAUCCAGAUGGUUUUUAUAAAACCGAGUGCAUUGGAUCAUGCUCACACAAUUCCACUAAUGUAGACACAAACUCGACAAAUUCUAGACAGUGUUACCCAAGUAAAUAUAAACCAUUACAGACGUAUUUAGUUUUCGACAGUAGUGUUACCUUUUUAGACAUUCCAAAGGGACAGAUUGAAGAAUGUACCUGCCACUGAAAAAGACUAACAUAUUUUCGGCGUUGUUCUCUUCAUGAGCGUAUUGGUUCGAUGUAGCACGUUUGAUCUCCAGAAAGAGCUGAUACUCUACAAUUGCUCCAAAGGAACACAGAAUAGAGCAUUUGAGCUGAUACAGCUUGCAGAAAUAUAAGAUCUAUGCGGAUAUUGUGUUUCAUUGAGCAAGAUUUGCUUUGUAGCGAUAUACAUUUAUGUUCUAAGAUGAUAAAUGAUACUUUCAGUCUUUGCUUUAAAUAACUAUGAAUAUGGCUUCAAAAACACGAUUCAUAUCAGCAAGCAAGUUAUGUGAUCUCCAGAUAUUAAGAGAAAUUACAUUUUUGUUUUCUUAUGGAAGAAAGACCAACAUUCCGAAUAAAUAAAACAGCAUCGACUGAUCAAGAAAGUUGCGCAAAGUUUUGCUUAGAGUUGUCGUAUUUUUCAGGCGACUUUAGGUUUAGUCAAAGGCGAGUCAAUUUUUUUUUCUGUAAAUUGCAGUAUUAUUGUAUCUGUACAUGUGAAUGUUUUGUUUAAAAAUCAUAGAACCGGUGAACGUGUUACUGUGCCUGUUUUCGUAUCUUGAACGUUUAAUAGUAUAAACUGCUUUAUUUACAUACAUUGUAUUGCAUGAUUAUUAUGCGGAAUCUCAUUUAUUCCAUAACGCGAAUGUAUCCUUCGUUUAAGCAGCUCCCAUCAAAGCAGAAUACAAAUCCAGCUUUUGUUUUUUUUACAAGAGUUUUUCCCGAUGAGAGGACAAUCCAUUCCUUGCAUUUACAGGAGGAACUGAUAUAAAAGGUGUUGAAUUUAUUUUGUUAUGCUAUAACAGUCAUAUACAAAUCACGAAAACGCGAUUUGUAGUUGUGCUUUUAACAAAUUAUUUUAACAUAUCUUUUCUAAACAGACUAUUAUAUUGAAUUGAUGGAAAGCUUUCAUUUUUGUUAAGUUUCGAAAUCUAAAUUUCUUCAAACUUAAUCGUCAUUUGAAUAAAGAUUUAAUUUAUUACAGAAAAAUUAUGUUUUGAAUUUUGUUCACAUUUUCGUAAUUUUCUUUUUCUACCUCUGUUGAUUAAGUUGGCAUUUGUCAACUUUCAAAUAUUUCGUGUACCAAAAACUGUAAAAAUGACCUUGAUAUAAAAACUUAAAGGCGAUUUCCCCAUUGUCCGACAACAUGGUUUGAGCCAUUGGAGAUUACAGAACUUCCCUUAUGAAACACACGACGAUAACCUACCACGAAAUAUUAAUGUCUUUUUUCAUUGUUAUCUUUCUGUUCUCAAGCCUAUGUGGCAAUGUUGUGAAUUGAAUGUCUAUUAAAGUCUGAAAGUUUUACCUAUAUCGAUUUACCUUGUAACGUUUAAGUUUCCUCGGCAGUAUUCGAGCAUUUAUUAUGCAUGUGCAUUUAUCCGUUUGAUGCUGGUUGACCUAGUUUAGAAACUAAAUUUUCUUUUGUAAAUGUAUAUAUCUAUCUACCAAAUGAAUGGUGAAAAUUUUUUCCUAUUUCGUUUGCAAUUUGGUAAUUAUGCUCUUAAAGACAAAUUUAUUCUCCAUCAUAAACUUUUGUUGCUAAAGGAAGUAAAAUUAAUGUAGCGUCAUUGGAACAUCUGUAUAUGCAUGAUCCAAUACUAAAGUUGUCAACUCUUUAUCUAUAUUAAAUAUAGUUAUGAUUUUUUUUCAAGCGAUUAAAAUCACAGCCUACUUGGCAAUGUUGCUCGAGGAGACAGUUCAUUAGCAUGAAUUAUUAAAACCUUUGAAGUAAUGCUCACGAUUUUUUUGCAUUUAGAAGUUUAUUGAUUGGACUUUUGUAAACGCAAUAUUAGUAUUCAUCUUCAAAAUAUUAACUGAUAAUUAUUUUAAUAGAUAAUUUACUAAACACGAUCCUAAUAUAUGAAGAUGCUGUUGUCGCUAUCGUUUUCAGUAAGUUAACGCUUGCUAACCGUAGUAUGAAGACAUCCAGGAGAGUCCCGAAAAUCACAUAAAAGAUAAAACAUGAAGCAAGAGUACGUCAAAAAAAGAAAAUAUACAUGUAUCCUACUGACUAUUUAUUCCGUGAACAUUAUCUUUAAUAAUAAUAAUUUGAAACUUAACCGAUCAUACAAAUUGUCCAAAUACCUUUAAUAUGAUUAAAUGUUUAAAAGUUUGAUAAUGGUUAAUUAUGUUUCAAGGAUAUCACAUAUUUAAUUAACUAUUAAGGUUACAAUAAUUACGCAUCAUAACGAUUCGAUUCGUCGUACGGAGGCACUAGGAAUUAUGACAUUUCAAUUGUAUACCUUAUCCAGAACUAAAUUUGACCUCACCCCGAAUUACAAUUCAAUUUAUUGUGAAGAUACUAAUAUUCAUAUAUUUAUAAAUGAAUUAAAAAAAUACAAGUUCAUGUACGUGUAGAGAUAUACGGGUUUUCUUUUAAUAUCUGGGUUGAAGACUUUGAUUAUUUCUUUACCUCUUCGUGACAUUCUAUUUUUCACUACGCCUUUUUAUCGGACAACUUUUUGUAUAGUAUUUGAUUAAUGUAUUUUUUUAAACAACUUGCGUGAAAAAAUGUAUUCUACUUUUUAAUUUCCCCAGUUGAUAUUUUAAGGAAUUACUAAGAAACUAAGAUUCUAACUCCCUUAGGUAACGUUGACAUAAGAUGAAUUUCGCUAUUCUUUUUAGGUAACUUUUGGUCAUAAAACUCCUUAGGUUUUUACGAUUUUUUACAUUCCUGGCAUUUAAAUCUUUGGGAUUAUGCGUUCCUGAUGAAGGUUACAUAAGGAUUUCGUGCGUCGGAAGCCCUUUUCUGGAUUUACCUUCAUUAGGAAUGCUCAAACCAGAACAUUUGAAAGCCAAGGAUAUUUGAAUACCUGAACAUCCGAGUAACUGUUUAACCAAAAGGGACCUGAAAAGUAUAGACAAAUUCAUCUAAUUCUCAAUGAAGGAGCUGUUACUUUAGUUUCCGAAAUAAUUUCUUAGUUUAUCAACGGAAAUCUUGUCAUUGCCGAAGCACUUUGGUAUGAUUUUUAGUAUCUAUCCUUUUAGUGCAAAUUUAGUGCAUAUCAGAUUUUAAUGCAUAAUUUGUAGUUUUAACAUGUAACUGAUUAGAAAUUCAACGGAUAUAAUACUUUUUCAGCAAAAUUCGGAAAAGCGUUCAUGUAAAAACUAGUUUGUAAAUUUAAUUUUUUACAGAUAUUUCAUGUACAAAUGUCAAUAUGUAUUAAUUAAAAAAAAAACAAAGAAGAGAAACUAUAUAUUAUUUAUUUUUUAUUUUUCAUUAGAUGACUUUAUUUUUCUUAUUUUUUUUAAAGAUUGAAUUAUUUAUGUCUAUGCCUUAAUGAUUAACUUAUUAUUAUAAAUACUUGUAGUAUGAAAUUAGAGUUAUUUAAUUUUCUUGCCAGCAAUCAUAGUUUAAAAGAGACCUUUUUGUCACUCGAAUAUAUGUUUUCUGGAUUCAUUUGCUAUGCUAUAAUUCUUUAGUUCUGUUGAGCAGUUACCAUAUGAAAGAAAUUGUUAAUGAAGAUAGGAAUGAUUGUUAUCUGAUGUAAUGUUACAUAGUGAUAUUUAUUUUUAUUGAUGUGUCAUGAGUAUAAAGAAAUGCUGGGUGUUGUAUGUAUGUCUUAUAUUUUUAAAUUUAAGAAAAUGAAUGUUUCAAGAAAGGUUUACUUCUUUUGUCUUCUAAUACUUGUAAUUUAGUUUACACUUAUUACUUUUAAAUAAUGUAAUCUGCCCUUGACAGAUUUUUUCUCAAACUGUUUAUUUAAUUUUUUUUUUUUUUUACUUCAACAUUAUAUGAUACAAAUAUUUAAUAUCCCAAUAACUUACCUGCAAGGUUAAUACAGAAAUACUCCCCAGAUUAAUAACGCUUUGUUUUCUUUUGCAUAUCAGUACGUGUGUGUAGAAGUAUGCAUUUAAUGAUAUUAGUAUUCCCAUGAUGAGUAAACGAACACAAAAGAUCAUUUCAUAAUAGGGACGGACUCUUCGCAUGAAGCAAAGAAAUGACAACAUACAUUAAAAUACGCAAACAGUGAAGAAUUUAUUGAGUAUUAAUAUAUGCAAAUUUAUGGGAUGGAUACUUGAAAUAAUCAAUACAAAAUGAACGCAAAUAUACAAAAUUUUAACUGCAACGGUGUUAACAUAUCACGUUAAUGUUGUCAAUAAGAUUAAAAUCGAAAUAUUUAAAUUAUAUAUAUGAUUUUUACAUUAAUAUUUUGAAAAUACUCAAAGACCGAAGCACGAACAUUUCAAAAAUUUAGUAAAAUCGUACGCUCUGUCUAAAAUAACUGAAAACUCAUAUUUUUAUUACUUAAGGGGUAAAAACUGACCCUUUAAAUAACAUAAUGAUUGAAAUGUUCCAUAUAAUAACAACUUCUAAUUAAUUCAUAAUCAUGAAAAUACAGUGAGAGCCCGUCAAUAUUCUGAUAUGGUUCGUUUCAUAAAAGAUUGUGUUAUCAUUUAAUGAUGUCAGUAUAGAGAUGUUGAUUUAUUUAUAUUUUGAUGUUACUGUUUGAUCACUUUGUUUCAGACAGAGAUGUUCAAAAAUAAAAUAUAUUUAUAAUU